AUGCCGUUGAAGAGCGUCUUCCCGCUAGUGACCCACGCCGGCGAGCAAGGGCUUUGGGACGAAGGGCCCUCUUGUACUGGAUGGGAGCGCACAGCCGGAAAGAUCCGCCGGACAGUCGACGCUGGUCCUGGUCAAACCUCGCGUCAUUGUGAUCGCGGGCAAGACGAGGACGAGCGACUGCUGGCACCUUGCGAGCCGGAGAACGACGAGGCUCGCGGUCCCACGCAAUUGCCACUUCGCUGGCGAAGGGCGCGAGGGACGGCGAAGGCGGAGGCGGCGACGGUGAAGGCCAAGGCGGCAGCAGAGGAGAAAGGGCGACCAAGGACGAAAGAAAAAGCCUUGGCCGCAAAAGGGGUGGCGAAGGCGAAGGCGGAGGCGGCGGGAGGGGCGGCGAAAGCGAAGCAUGGUGCCCAUCGACCAGGACUCGUCGCUCUGGCUACCCUCAUCAACGUUGCCGAAACGCGCGCGACACUUACCAAAGGCAAAACGGCGGGCGGUGAGAAGUCCGACCGAGGUCGGAACGAAGGAGAAGGGGCGGAAGGUGACCUUGCCCGUCGCGUUGAUGUUGGCGACGACGGGCUCGGCGAGUGGGGCCCGGGUGACUUGGUCGGUGUUUGCGUCGGGAGCGCGAAACACGACGGGGACGGGGGGGUGAGGGACGGUGAUCCCACCCAUCGCGCUGUCGCCAGCAACGAUGGGAGAAGCAGGUGCAGCUCGGGAGACACCACCUCCGCUACUGGCGUCCGUGGCAGCUGGGCUGGGCACGAAAGCCUGAGGGAGGAGGAUGUUGACGAUGGUCUUGAAAACGGACAUGUCGACAAAGAGAGCUGAGGGGUACGUAAAGCGUAGUAUCUGUAGCUGGAAGGCUGGGAAGGUCUUGGUGAGACGAGAAACUGAGCGAAACGUAAUGAGGAGAAGAGGGAAGAGGAAAAUCGCUUUGGGGGGGCCUCUCUUAAAGCACUCGCUUGGCUGAGAGAAAGUCACUUAGAUGCUCGAUUUCCAUCAACUUGCUCUUCGACCACACGUAGAGGCGCCAUGCACAAGCCUGCUACUGUCCUUGCCGCUGGCGAAGACUGCUGAACAGUCCAAACUGGCGC